AUGGCGCUGGGCUGCUCCUCUUUCUCCAUCAAGGACAUCCUCACCCGGGGACGUGACGCACGAGACAACGUUCCAACUUCACGGGAUAUGACAGAACUCUGCACGUUAAAGCUUGCCUCCAUCAACCAGGACCGGCAAACCGAGAGCAGGGAUGGGAGCUUGAGGGGCCCCGGUUCAUCCACAUCGGAUUGCAGUGACGAGCACAAGUGGGGUGAGAUGGAGAUUAAACACAUCUGCCAAGGAAGUAUUAGUUCCUCUCCCGGUUUGGGAGACAUCCGGAACCCUAUGUCCGAGUCCGGUAGUGAAGAGUCCACUGGAGAGGAUGCGGAAUACAUGGCAUGCAAAAAAGGUAGCCCUCUGUCUGUCUAUAAGAUUAUUGGUAUUGACCAUGAAUCUAAAUGCAAUUAUAAACUGGGUGGUUCGAGCCCUGAAUGUUGAUUGGGUGAAAGCCGUAUUCCACGGGUAUGACAAAACAUUACUUUUUACUGUUGUAAUUACGUUGGUAACCAGUUUAUAAUAGCAAUAAGGUACCUCCGGGGUUUGUGGUAUAUGGCCAAUAUAUAUAUAUAUAUGCCUAAGAGUAAAAUGAUAACCCUACUUACUGGCUUUGAACUUGUAGCCUAAUUUAUUGAGUAAUAAACAUCAGUGUAAGUGCUUGGGGACCUCUUCACUUGAAUGACAUGGAAACACGCGGUGUCCUGGAGAGAUAUAGACUAGCCUAUGUUGUUGCUAUUUGAAAAAUAACGAGGUCGCCUGUUUGCCAAAUAACCACAAGGCCUUUUACUUUUCUCUUUCCUCCAAUACAGACAUAAACAACAAACAACAACCCAGUCUGGAUCAGGAAGAUGAGGAUGAAAGGGAGAGUAGUUACAGCACGGUGGGCCAAUCCAUAUCUGGUAACAAGAAGCGCUCCCGUGCGGCCUUCACCCAAGCACAGGUCUAUGAGCUAGAGCGUCGGUUUAACAUGCAGCGCUACCUGUCCGGUCCUGAACGGGCGAACUUGGCGGGCGCCCUGAAGCUCACGGAAACCCAGGUGAAAAUCUGGUUCCAGAACCGGAGAUAUAAGACCAAACGGCGGCAGAUGGCGGCCAAACUUGCCGCCUGUAGCUCCUCUACACCAGCCACACUGGCUAAGAAAGUGGCGGUGAAGAUCCUGGUUCGAGACGAUCAGAGACAGUACCGAGGGGACGAGCUUCCUAGUCUGCCUGCUCUGCCUCUAUACCCGGCCUACCAAUAUGGAUACUACCCCUACAUGUACUGCUUCCAGCCAUGGAUCUCAAGCAAUGCGCUUUGUGGGGGCAUGCAUUGA